CUCUGGACUGUAAACAAGGCCCUCACUAUGGAGUCGCUUGAAGGCACAUCAAAGUUAAUCAAAUCUUCAUCGUUAGAUAUUCAAGUCCUAAACUGGCUUUAUGAAUAUAGUGUGAAGAAUGGAUUUGAUCAAGCCUGCAGGGGUAUUGAAACAGAAUUCAUAAAAAGAAAGAAGAUGCCAGAUGUACCUUGUUCUGGAUAUCUACUGUAUUUGAGACGUCUUCAGAUGCUUUUGAACAAGAAAAAGUGGAAAACAAGUGCAAAGUUUGAAACCAUUCUUAGACUGUUGACAGACUUAUUACAGUUCAAGCCACUUCAUAAGUGCAUAGUUUUCUAUAAGAAGAUUAUUGUUCUAUAUGUGACUACAAAAUUGCUGCUUGUAAAUGAGCAUCAGCUGGAGAAGGCUGCUGUAGAACAACACAUUUCCCAGUUAUGCUGGAAGGAGUUUAAGAGUCAAUGUCAAUUAGAGGAUGAUUUCUUCAUUGAGACGUUUGAGAGAGUAAAAAAUGCUGCAAGUGAAUCCAUAGAAGCAAGUGCAAGAGGUUCAGUAAAGAAUACAAGAUGUUUGAAAAAAGUACUAUUACUUCAAGCUAAUAGCCAUGUGUAUGGUAGCCUCCCUGAACUUUUGGCUAAGUUAUUACAAUUGCUUCCACCAACUGCAUUAGAAAAGAUUAUAAAGGAUGAAGAUAUCCAGAAUGAUCUGGCAAGACAAAAUACACAGGAAUACAGGAUACUUCUUAACUGUAUCAAAGACAGUCUCACUGGAAAUGCUAUAAGAGAUGCUGUGAAAAAAUUGUCAGUUUCAAAAGAGGAGUUAUCAGAUUUUAAUCCUCAUAAUGAUGAGGAAAGCCAUUGCAGUCUUAAUUCCUCUGCAGAGCAGGAUAGCCAGAUAGAUACUUCUGAUAUAACAGUUCAUGAAGAGAUGGAUAUUAUUCAAGUAAAUGGUAAACUUUGGACAGUUAAGAAAUGUGCAAGUGUCCCAGUUGAUGUCAAGAAUUUAAGUUGUAUAGAGUCUUUAUCUGAAGACAGUGCUGAAGAAGGUCUUGCUGAUGAUAUGGAACAACAGGAGUCAUCUUACUUUAGGCAUGAAAAUGAAAUCAUAGUUCACAAUGGAAAAGUAUGGGAAGUAAAACCCACAAAAGUGUUGCCUGUGAAUUCCCAAGAUAUUCUAACCGAUGACAGUGAGUAUGACUCACAAAUGGAAGAUCCAAGAAUUACAGAAGAAAGAUAUGAGGAUUCUGAAAUUAGGGAAUUAGAAGAAUUGAUAAGGACAAUGGAAAAAUAUGUAACAAAACUGAAAUAUAAAUUAAAGAUCAUGAAGGAUAGACGGGGUACUCAGAGAUACAGACCCCAAACUCCAGAUGAAGACCAGGGGCAUUUUGAACCAAAGACAAGAGGUGGGAGUGAAAUGGAAAGACAUUCAUUACAACAGAGAUCCCCAAGUAAUGAUGGAAGAUCAUCAAAUUUUAACAAUGUGGAGGGCAAGCAGUGUACUUUAGGAGCUUCAAGUGAAGAUUGCGAAACUCUCAGGCUAUCUGGCAGCAUUUCUAGUAGUACAGUUAACCAGCAAAACCAGGAUUUAGAUAAAAUAAGACAGAUACUUUGUGAAACGCUAAUAGACAAAAAUGCAGCAAAAUCUGGAUGUAAAACUCCUUAUAAUGAAAUGAAACAAUCCAGAAAUAACAUAAAAAAGCUUUCUCACUUAGAACCUGAAAUUAUUACUUAUGUGUCAUCGUCAUCUCAAGAAGACAAUGGGGAUGAUUGUGACAAUUCACAGUGUUUUCAGAAGGUUGUUAAUAAUAUAAAUGUUAUACCAGAAACUCCUGAAGUUUCAGAAAGACAAUUUAAAGAAGAACCAGAUACAUUUUUAGAGGAACCAGAAUGGAAAAACACAGACAAAGAAAAUGUGAAACCAAAGACACCAUAUAUGGCAACAGCAAAUUUCUUAAAACAUGAAUGUAAUAUACACACAGAUGAAGGUACUGAUAGUGAUACUACAUAUUAUACUCUUUGUGACCAGAGUGCUGUGAAUCCUGAAAUGGGAGACAAAAUGAGUAUAUGCAGUUUGAAAUCCAAAGGUAAAGCUUUAGAUAAAUCUAAAGGUAAAAAGCAAGUGAAAGAUAUUUGUGAACUUGUAAGUCAUGAUGAAGUACUGCAGAAAAGAGACAAAUACAAAAGAAAAUUGGUAAAUAUUGCUAAGGAAGUAGAAGACUUAACAGAUUCAGAUGACCUUGCUUCUCGGGUCAAAAUGAGCCCUAGAAAAUGUUCGACCAAAUCAUCGAGAAAUCUGGCCAUUAACUCAUCCACAAAAGGCUGUCAGAAAAAGACAAAAGUGUAUAAUGAAUUUUUGGACAAAAUUAAUGAGAUUGAGGAAAGAGAUAAAGUUACUGAUGUGUCCGAAGAUACAACAUUACAAGAUGAUGAUAUUUUCCACACCCCAAUGAACAGUCCAGAACCAGCACCAAAGCGUGCCAGAAUUUGUAAUGAAAAAGAAGUUUCUCCAGUUACUGAUGUAACAGCAAACACAAGCAAUGCACAGGUUUUCCAGAGUCAAACAGCACAUCAUCCACCAGUUCAGGACUGCAAGGUUGUCCUAAAGUUCAGUUACUGGGUAGAUAAAAAGAAGUACGCCAUUUAUAAUUGAAGACAUGACUAAAAAGGAGCAGGCUUCUUCGAAUUGAGUCAGAUAUGUCUCUUGAGUCUUUUAUAUUUCUAUAACUCAAACUUUCUAUUACCCCUUUUAGAGUGCAUGAUGAACAGCGACAGUCUCAUCAUUGCAACUAUUACCAUUAUUUAGAUUUUACUUUAGAUUUUGUUCAAUCAUAGUAUUAUUAUUUGAACUGUUGUUUUCAUUAUAUCUAGUUUUAUGCAAGAAAAUAUAGACAGUUAUUCAUAAAAUAAUUAUGCACUUUUUCUUAUGCUGCAUAAUUUGCCAAUAUAAGCAAGAUGUGUCACAUAAAAUUUAGUCUUAAACUAUUGUAAGUUAUCUUGACAACCAGGAAACUGUGAAUGAUAUUAAAUCAUACUAAAUGUAUUUAUUGCUAUUCUUUCCAAAUGUUUUAUGGUCUGUCUAUUGUUUGUGUUUGACACAGCAUAAUUAUGCUUUUGCUUUCUGUUUGACAAAAUUAGGCAGAUUUACUAGCAUAAGUUUGUACAAGCCUCUGUGUUGAGGAAAUUAAUAAAAUAAGAAAAAUAUA